AGUGCUUUGGGUCAGCAUUCAGAGUGCGAGGACGAGGCCAAAGGCACAACUCGCAUUAAAAAAAAAAAAAAAACUAUUUAUACACACAAUAAAUGGAAGUACAGAGGACUACCGGGCUUCAGCAGGCAAAGAGUGGCAACAUGUGCGAGUCGACGCCGAGGUCCGGCGAGUCUCGGCGGAAGAAAGCAGAGGAGCGCGGCUCUCCCUCGGAGAUGUCCCGGAUCGUUACCGACCCGGCCACCGGCAAGUGCUACUGCCGGGGAAAAGUUCUGGGAAAGGGAGGUUUUGCCAAGUGCUACGAGAUGACCGACCUCGCCACCAGCAAAGUUUACGCAGCCAAGAUCAUCCCGCAUGCGCGCGUCUCUAAACCGCAUCAACGGGAGAAGAUUGACAGAGAAAUCGAGCUGCACCGAAUACUCCAUCACAAGCACAUCGUGCACUUUUACCACCAUUUCGAGGACAAGGAGAACAUCUACAUCCUGCUGGAGUACUGCAGCAGAAAAUCCUUAGCACACAUCCUGAAAGCCCGCAAAGUGCUCACCGAGCCGGAGGUGCGCUACUACUUGCGACAGAUCGUCUCAGGGCUCAAGUACCUGCACGAACAGGAGAUCCUACACAGGGACCUUAAACUCGGUAAUUUUUUCGUAAGCGAAUCCAUGGAGCUGAAAGUGGGUGACUUUGGUCUGGCAGCCAAGCUGGAGCCGGCGGGGAACAGGAGGAAGACGAUCUGCGGGACUCCCAACUAUCUUUCCCCCGAGGUGCUGAACAAGCAGGGCCACGGCUGUGAAUCAGACAUCUGGGCCCUCGGCUGCGUAAUCCGACCAGUCCAGGGUGUACUCUGCCUCUCGACCAAAGUCAGCUGGGAUAGACUCCAGCUCACUGUAGAAAAUGGAUGGAUAGAGCCUCACGAGCAUCUAUCUCGCUCCAGGUACACAAUGCUUUUGGGAAGGCCGCCCUUCGAAACCACCAACCUGAAAGAGACGUACCGGUGCAUCCGGGAUGCUCGCUACUCGCUGCCCUCCUCGCUAUCCCCGCAGGCCAAGCAGCUCAUCACCAGCCUGCUGGCCAAGGUGCCAGAGGACAGACCUGACCUGGAACACAUCUUGAGGCAUGACUUCUUCACACAGGGCUUUAGUCCGGAACGUCUGUCGGCGAGCUGUUGUCACUCGGCGCCAGAUUUCCACGUCUCCAGUCCUGCCAAGAGCUUCUUCAAGAAAGCAGCAGCGGCCCUCUUUGGAGGCAGGCGGGACAAAGUCAAAUACUACGAGACUCUGAAUAAGUUAACCAAAGAGGAAGAGGAGAUCUACAAGUUGCAAAAUGACCUGGAGCGAACUGUCAUCAGUCAGCAGCAGAGCAAAAAGACAGCUGACAAUGGAAGUCUACUUCCGCCAUCUGCCCAAAGCCCCGUCGCCCCGGCAACAGAGAGCCGAUCCCUGACGACAACGCGAGAUACCAUCCGUCUGAUCGUCAGGGGGAGUCUGGGGAGUUGCAGCAGCAGCAGCGAAUGUCUAGAGUACAACAGCACGGGGAGCGUGGCCGACACGGUCGCCGGUGUGUUGAGGGGAUGCCUGGAGAGCAUGCCUAAAGCCGACAACAUUCCUCAGAGCGCAAAUAGCUGCGGACUUCAGUGGGUGACCAAGUGGGUGGACUACUCCAACAAGUACGGCUUUGGAUACCAGUUGUCUGACCACACCGUGGGCGUUCUCUUCAACAAUGGCACUCACAUGAGCCUCCUGCCAGACAGAAAGACAAUCCAUUAUUAUGCAGAGUUGGGCCAGCGCUCUGUUUUCCCCACCUGCGAGGUUCCUGAACACUUUGUGGGCCAAGUGACUGUGCUCAAGUACUUUUCCCACUACAUGGAGGAGAACCUCAUGGAUGGCGGGGACCUGGGUAGUAUGACGGAUGCGCACAUGCCCAGACUCUAUCUGCUCCAGUGGCUGAAAUCAGACCGUGCCCUCAUGAUGCUCUUUAAUGACGGCACUUUUCAGGUGAACUUUUACCACGACCACACCAAGAUCAUCCUGUGCUGCCAGAGGGAUGAGUACAUGCUGACCUACAUCAACGAGGACCGCAUCUCCAAGACCUUCAAGCUCAGCUCACUGCUGGCGUCCGGCUGCCCCGCUGACCUGCGCGAGCGCAUGCUAUACUCACUCAACAUGCUGCUGCAGAGGUGCAGCUAAAGACCCCACCCCCACAUAAAUACAGUAGAGCAUGUGUGUGUAUUAGACACAUGGACUUGCAUAUCCUGCAGAGCUUGCAUCCAUCGGGGAGGAACUGCGCAAGUGGAAUUAUGGAGGAACAACAGACAGUGGAUAAUAAAAGUGACUAUGCAAUGGAGGGAAAAUGAGGUUUCACUGGAGGAAAAACAAAUAUGUUGGACCAAGGAAUGUUGAUACGAUCCAGAUGUGUUGGACAAAGAGAGAGAAAGAGGAUGUCUUUUGGGAAGACCAAAAAGCUGGGCUGGCACUAGCUUGAAUGUUAAAAAAGAGGCUGCUAGACGGUCUUACUGUUGUAAAUGAUGUACAGUGUAAGCUUACCCGCCAUACAGAAUCAUGCUAAUAUGUGUGUGGAUGGGCCAGGGUUCAAGUAUUUUUUUAAAUAUGUAUGUGUGUGUAUCUGAGUCAGUGUGUGUGUGUGGGAGGGUUGUAAUAUGCAAAACAAAACAAAAAAAACAGAUUUAUUCUCUUUAAUGACAACGAGAGUGAACGCACAGAGGAGGAAGAGGAUGCUUUUUUGGGGGGGCGGGGGGGGGGAGG